UUUUUAUCAACUGUCGUUGAUCAAUAAUCGAAAUUUGUCUUGAGAGGUACUUGUACGAGAAUAUAUUUAAGAACGACAAAAAUAUCAACUCGUCUCAUUUAGUUGUGAAUAACAAUCAGAAAAGGAGCAUCAACGAAAAUGAUAGCCUUUGGAUUGUUGGCUCUAGUAGCCGUUUCCGGAGUGAUCUCUGCCUCCGUCCCAUUCCACUUCCUCUCCGAUGAAUACAUCGACCACAUCAACAGCCUGCAGACCACGUGGAAAGCUGGCAGGAAUUUCCCCAAAGAUAUGCCCCUGUCCAACAUCAAACGUCGCAUGGGUGUAAUCAGAGGCGAGAAAUCGAAGAAUUUGAAGACUGUUCGCCAUGUCAGAGUCGAGGGCGAGACCAUUCCUGAUACCUUCGACGCUCGAGAAAAUUGGCCCGACUGUAAGUCGAUCGGAUUGAUCAGAGAUCAGUCGGACUGCGGAUCAUGCUGGGCUGUAGCUGCUGCUGCUGCCAUGUCUGAUAGAAUCUGCAUAUUAUCGAAAGGAAAAGAUCAAAGUUUGGUAUCCGACGAGGAUCUGAAUUCCUGCUGCAAGAGUUGCGGAGAUUGCGAUGGUGGAAUUCCAUAUGCAGCUUGGGAAUACUGGCAACAAACAGGAAUCGUCACCGGAGUAUCACACGAAUUAUCUGAAUUCAUACAUGUACCAUGGCAGUACCCACACAUGGCUGCACAGUUCAGUCCUGCUUUUCUACACCCGCUGGAGGAAGUGCAUCCUUUUUUACAAUUGCAUGAUAUCAACCUCAGCAAUGAAUCCAAGCCUGCAGACCACGUGGAAAGCUGGCAGGAAUUUUCCCAUUUCCCCAAAGAUAUGCCCCUGUCCCACAUCAAGCGUCGCCUGGGAGCACUCGAGAUCGAAAACCAGGCGAAUUUACAGACAGUUCACCACGUCAAAGCCGAUGACGAGGUCAUUCCUGAUACCUUCGACGCUCGAGAAAAGUGGCCGAAUUGUGAGUCGAUCAGAUUGAUCAGAGAUCAGUCAGAAUGCGGAUCAGGCUGGGGGUGCAAAGCCUACUCCCUGCCUCCCUGUGAACACUAUGGCACCACUGGCGGUCUUCCCCAAUGCCCAUCUGAGGGCUACUACACCCCCGAUUGCGUUGGAAGUUGCGAUAAAGGAUACACCCUCUCCUACAACGACUCAAAAACCUAUGCUGCGCAGGCGUACACUAUAAUUGGAAAUGUCGAGCAAAUCCAGUUGGAAAUACUGAGAAAUGGUCCAGUGGCAGCUAUCUUCACCAUGAACAGCGACUUUUUGAAUUACAAAAGCGGUGUUUACCAAGACAUUUCGUUAGACUAUUUUGGAACACACGCAGUCAGAGUGAUUGGUUGGGGUGAAGAGAACAAUGUACCUUUCUGGCUCAUCACCAACUCCUGGAACGAAGACUGGGGAGACAAAGGAACCUUCAAAAUCCGACGUGGAACGAACGAGUGCCGAAUCGAAAACCAAGUUUCAGCUGGUCUGCCACGAUUGUAAAAGUAGUUUUUGUCUAAAAGUUACCUACAUAUUAUAUCAGAUCUUCAACAUGUUUUUGUAAUGUCAUUCAAUCACUCUUCCUGUUGGUUUUUUGUUCAUGUAUUUAUUGUUACAAU